GAAGGAGGGGCAGGGCUGCUGAUCUAUCUAUGGCUGCUACGAGAGAGACUGUAAAACGACUUUUGGUGGCAUUAUCUGAGCAGAGCUGUCAGUGCCCUGCACAUUCUCACAGUUUCAGCAGACUAAGCACAAGCAGACCAGAAUCAAGGUACAGCAAGCUAGCUGGUAACCAGGAAUAUGCCUUUGAAUUAGCAACCUCAACUGUUCGAUAUGGUCAUGGUGUGACACAAGAAGUUGGCCUUGAUUUAGCAAAUAUGAAGUCAAAACUUGUUGGUGUUUUUACUGAUGAAAAUCUUCAAAAAUUGCCUGUAAUGUCUAAAGUCAUAAACUCGCUCACUGCAAAUGGAAUUAAUUAUUCAAUAUAUAGUGGAAUAGAAAUAGAACCAACGGAAGAAAGUCUUAAAAAGGCAAUAUCAUUUGCUUCUCAAAAAACCUUUGAUGCAUUCUUAGCAGUUGGAGGUGGAUCUGUUAUGGAUACAGCUAAAGCCGCCAAUUUAUACUCGUGUCAUCCUGAAAAUGACUUUUUAGACUUUGUUAAUGUCCCAAUAGGAAAAGGAUUACCAGUUGUAAAUCCUUUGAAACCAUUGAUAUGUGUUCCAACCACUGCAGGUACAGGUAGUGAAACAACUGGGGUUGUUAUUUUUGACUAUAAGCCAUUGAAAGCUAAAACAGGAAUUGGUAACCGUGCUUUAAGGCCAACUUUAGGUUUGAUUGAUCCAGAGCAUGUAACAACAAUGCCAAAGAAUGUUGCUGUUUUUAGUGGAUUUGAUGUUUUAUGCCACGCUCUUGAAUCAUACACUGCUGUUCCCUUUAAUGAAAGAGGUGAAGCUCCUAGUAACCCAAUCUUUCGUCCAGCCUACCAGGGCAGUAAUCCAAUUUCUGAUAUUUGGUCUAAGGAAGCAUUAAAAACUAUUCAACAAUACUUUCUAAGAUCUGUCAAUGAUUCUGAUGAUAUUGAGGCAAGAGGUGCUAUGCAUUUGGCUAGUAUGUGUGCUGGAAUUGGAUUUGGAAAUGCUGGAGUACAUUUACCCCAUGGUAUGUCAUACCCAAUAUCUGGCUUAGUCAAGGCAUACACAUCAUCUGGUUACAAGUCAACAAAACCACUAGUUCCUCAUGGGCUUUCUGUUGUUAUAUCAGCACCUGCUGUUUUUGAAUUUACUGCUCCUCUUUGUCCUGAACGUCACUUAGAGGCUGCAGCAUUAUUAGGUAUGGACACUACAAACUCUAAGCUAGAAGAUGCUGGUAGAAUCUUGGCAGAAGCAAUCAGGAACUACAUGUACAAAACAGGUAUACCUAAUGGGCUAACAGCACUAGGCUAUUCAUCUGAAGAUAUACCUAACCUUGUUCGAGGGACACUACCACAACAUCGUGUUACAAAGUUAUCACCAAGAGCUUUUACAGAGGACCAACUGUCCAUUUUAUUUGAGAAAUCUAUGACUGUGUACUAAUUACACUAUUUAUAGAUUAUAGUCUAAUUGUGAUUUGGUACAUGUUUUGUAUGAAACUCUUUUGUUGUAUUUUGGCGUUUGAAACUGAUUUUUAUAUUCAUUAUCCAGAAAAAUUUUUCUACCCUG